AUGUCGACCGUAGGGGUAAAAGACCACUUUCAGGACUUGGUGCAAGAAGAGAUACGCUGUUUCAGCUCAAUCGUCCCAGAUCCAGACAUAAGAACUGAUCGCAUGACGCUCGGAAUGGCCUUCAUGGAACACUUUAUAACUAUAUUUGAUCAACAGAAGAAAGUAGGAUUCAAGCCAAGAGUCUGCUAA